GGGGCAAAAUGGACAACUGCAAAAUACCAAAGGGCAUCGCAAAAUCCCUUCAUUCCCCCGACUCACAACCCUUGUUCAUAGUCUCUCCCAGCUCUCUCUAUCUCAGUGGUUAGUUGUUUUCCCUUCAACUCCUCCAAUCAACGAUCCGACGAGUCUGGGGGAAGCCCUAACCUUAAAAAUCCGCUCACAGAAACGCAACCUCUCUCUUCCUCGAGCUCUCUUUAUCGCUUUCAGUCAUGGCUAGUUCGGCACCUGAGGGAUCGCAAUUUGAUGCUCGUCAGUUUGAUGCUAAAAUGAAUGAGUUACUUGGAGCCGAUGGGCAAGAGUUCUUCACGUCAUAUGAUGAGGUUUAUGACAGUUUUGAUGCUAUGGGAUUGCAAGAGAACCUCUUAAGAGGAAUCUAUGCUUAUGGUUUUGAGAAGCCCUCUGCAAUUCAGCAAAGGGGGAUUGUUCCUUUCUGCAAGGGUCUUGAUGUGAUUCAACAAGCACAGUCUGGAACUGGAAAAACGGCUACUUUUUGUUCUGGAAUUUUACAGCAGCUUGACUAUGGUUUGGUUGAAUGCCAGGCCUUGGUUCUUGCUCCUACUAGAGAACUUGCACAACAGAUUGAGAAGGUCAUGCGUGCCCUAGGUGACUAUUUGGGUGUCAAGGUUCAUGCCUGUGUUGGCGGAACAAGUGUUCGUGAGGAUCAACGAAUUCUUUCUGCCGGGGUCCAUGUUGUUGUUGGUACCCCUGGUCGUGUGUUUGACAUGCUGCGGAGGCAAUCACUGCGCCCUGAUUACAUUAAGAUGUUUGUGCUAGACGAAGCAGAUGAAAUGCUUUCACGAGGAUUCAAGGAUCAGAUCUAUGAUAUCUUCCAGCUGCUGCCACCAAAAAUUCAGGUUGGGGUUUUCUCUGCAACAAUGCCGCCUGAGGCCCUUGAGAUCACCAGAAAGUUCAUGAAUAAGCCUGUGAGGAUUCUGGUUAAACGUGAUGAGCUCACCCUUGAAGGUAUCAAGCAAUUCUAUGUCAAUGUUGACAAGGAGGAAUGGAAGCUUGAGACGCUUUGUGAUCUUUAUGAAACCUUGGCAAUCACCCAAAGUGUCAUCUUUGUGAACACCAGGCGCAAGGUCGAUUGGCUGACAGACAAGAUGCGUGGUCGUGAUCACACAGUUUCUGCCACCCAUGGAGACAUGGACCAAAAUACAAGGGACAUCAUCAUGCGGGAAUUCAGGUCUGGGUCCUCUCGUGUACUCAUCACCACUGAUCUCCUGGCCAGGGGUAUUGAUGUCCAGCAAGUCUCUCUUGUUAUAAAUUAUGAUCUUCCAACUCAGCCAGAGAACUACCUCCAUCGAAUUGGCCGUAGUGGACGGUUUGGGAGGAAGGGUGUUGCCAUCAAUUUUGUUACCACGGACGAUGAGAGGAUGCUCUUUGACAUCCAGAAGUUCUAUAAUGUGGUGAUUGAGGAGCUGCCAGCCAAUGUUGCUGAUCUCCUUUGAUUCAUUUUUAGCGUGGCAUGGCUAAUGGCUUUUCAUCUGGAAGAGCGAUGGUUAUUACUUCCUUUCUCCUGGGUCGCAGGCCUUUUUGGGCUCCUCAGCACUCGAUAUGGAUAUGCCCUUUCCCAUUUUGGGUGUAAAAGAAUUAUCUAUGGUUGCAAAUUUUGAUGUGGGUUUGCUAUGUAUUAUUAUGCCUAUGAGAAUUGCUGAAUUGAUUGUAGUUUGGAUUGACCUCAUCUUGAUUUAAGAUGAAUUUGGGUGUCUCAGUCUGUGUGAGUGGGGAAUGUUAUUUGACCAUGCUGUGAUACUGAGCUUGGUCUAUUACUUCUCUUCAAACUGUUUUACUACUGUAUCUCUUCUCUCUCCAUGUGUGUUUGAAAACAGGUAUUUCUUUUGUGCUGAAA